AUGCCAGGAAAUGAUGCGUCUUCCGCAACUGCUGCGGAGGCUUCUACGGCCGCUGCAAAUAAACCCAAAAGGGAUGAGUCCCGCGAAAUAGCUUCCGAGUACAAGGGCGGCUUGAGUCGAUAUACUCACAUCGAUCAAACGAUUACUCCCCCUCGAGAACCACCCACUGAGUAUCCUACAAGGCCCUUGGCCAUUGAUCCUAUGAUGCAAGAGAAUGCACUACCACCAAUACAAACUACAGGUUCCUUUAUGGAAAAUAAUCUUGGGGUUAAGCAAGACAUGGCGCCUUUGGCACAUUCUAGGCAUACGAGUCGACAUUUAUCUCAUGCCGGGAGUGAAGGUUCUAGUUACUUAACCGCGCCGACUGCAUAUAGUACUUCCGAACAAAUCAUCACACCACCUAAUGAAACUCGAGAUUAUCUCACCUCACCGGAAGAAGUUUUAUUUAUGCAAGUAUUCGUUGAAGAGGUUGGAUUAUGGAUGGACAGUAUGGAUCCGAUGAAGCACUUUUCCAGGAUAUUACCGUUCCAUUCUUUAGGGGAGCCUAUGCUUCUCAAUGCUUUCCUAGCAUGUGGAGCACGACAUUUGACUCUCGUUAAUCCUAUUUACCAGGAGGACAAAGCAUUAUAUUAUUACGAUACAGCCACUACUCAAUUGUUAAGAUCGUUACAAAAUCCCGAUCGAGAUACUGUCAUUUGUGCAACUACAGCUGUCAUUCUUAAUGUUUACGAGAUCAUGUCUGAAAGAGCGAUGCAACGUAUGAACCAUAUUGCUGGAGCACGAGCUUUGAUCAAGGAAUGUGGAUGGAAUGCGCGAAGUACUGGUGUAGGAGCUGCGUGCUUUUGGCUUAAUGUUGGCAUGGAAUUGCUUAGCUGUCUUCACUUCAAUUGGCAAGUAGCUUGGGAGCCGGAUCAAUGGGGAGUUGAUAUGGACUUUUCAAGGGAAUUCGAGGUUGGACGAGAGGAAGUCUGGGUUCAUCGAAUGUUAUACAUCACUGGUAAAAUCGCAAAUUUCAGAGCUUCUAUUCCACGAUUUCAGGAGGCUUCACCACAGGAUGAGCAAAUUCGAAUGCAAUCUAGGUAUACGGAGUGGCAAAGGUUAAAGAAUCUUUGUGAUAGCUGGAAUAGUAGUAUACCUCGGACUAUGCACCCCAUGGCUUAUUUGUAUCCGUCACAGACCACUUCGAAAUCCGCCUUCCCGGAAGUCUGGCUUCUCAAACGUGCCACGAUCGUUGGUAGAUUGUUCUACCACACAGCAAUGUGUCUUCUCCCUCAAAUUAAUCCUUUAUUGAGCCCGGAAAAUGAAGAGAUGCAUGAAAUGCAACAAAAUCAUUCGCAUUCUAUAUGUGGCAUUGUGGCACAUGUCAAGGAUAGAGGAGUGGCUAGUGUAGCACUUCGUUCUUUGGCUAUCGCUGCUGAAUGUUUAGUUGUUCGACGUGAACAAGAAGAAGUACUCGAUAUAUUUGAGAAAAUUCGAAAAGAGACUGGUUGGAGAGUGGGAUUCUUACAUAAAGAACUCAAAUCGAAGUGGGGUUGGCCAGAUGAAGCGGCACAGCAACAACAAAUGAUGGCACAAUCGAGUUCCUUGUCACAAUUCUUCCCUUCUAAUACACAAGCAGCGACUUCAAAUUUACCACCCGCACCACCAAGGCCAUCGGUUCCCAGUGGUAUCUUGAAUCCGCUUCUCAAAACUGCGGAUUUCUCCCUACCAAAUCAUCCAUAUCAACAAUAUUAUCAACCACCGAAUACGACUAAUCAAUUCACUCAUACAUAUCUUUGA